AUGGAAAAGCCACAAUGUGGGAGCGAGGCCGGCACAGAGGAGUAUGACCUCCCGCUGCAUGUUGCCGGUGUUUUUAUGGUUUUGGCCGCUUCUAUCUUCGGUGCUGGUUUUCCAGUUGCCGCCAAGAAGAUAAAGGCCUUGAACGUUCCUCCAAAGUUAUUUUUUGCUUGCAAGCACUUUGGAACUGGAGUUCUAGUCGCCACUGCCUUUGUACAUCUUCUUCCGACGGCAUUCGGAAGCCUCACGAAUCCAUGCCUUCCCGAUCUUUUCACGACCAAUUAUCCCGCUAUGCCUGGAGUCAUCAUGAUGGGCUCCAUGUUCAUUCUCUUCGUCAUCGAAAUGUACCUCAACGCCAAGACUGGAGGCCACUCUCACGGGGGGCCGACUGGCACAGAAAUUACGGCUCCUCAACCACCGAGACGACCGAAGCGGCCUCAGUCAGUGCGACAAACACAACCUCAUCCGGAUGAGGAGUUUGACUUUGACAUAGACGACAAGGUUGCGUACGAGAAGGCCAUGGCACAAAACAUGUAUGAGGAAAACGGCAGGUGGAACGACACUGACUCGAGUGACAAAGACAUCAAUGGCUCAACCAUGCCGGCGUGGUUCGUCGUCUUCUAUGAGCAGUAUGUUCGUCAGCGUACAGAGAUGAUUGAAAUGAUCAAUUCCAAUCGGUAUUCGCCACCGGUUGAGCACCAUGGCAAGCCCGCCAUGGAAGUUACUGAGGCAAUCUUCGACGAGGAAGGACAACAAGUUGAUCCUCAGGUUCUUAAGAAGAUGUCGGCUAACAUUACACUUCUUGAGGGCGGUAUCCUCUUUCACUCCGUCUUCGUCGGCAUGACUGUUUCAAUCACCUCCGACGGAUUUGUCAUUCUCCUGGUCGCAAUCUUGUUCCACCAAAUGUUUGAAGGCCUAGGACUCGGGGCCCGGAUUGCUGCUGUGCCAUACCCAAAGCAGAGCGCUCGUCCAUGGCUGCUUGUUGUAGCCUUUGGAACUACUGCACCUAUCGGUCAGGCCAUUGGGCUGCUAACUAGAAACACAUACGACCCUGAGAGUGCUUUUGGUUUGAUCAUCGUUGGAAUCUUCAACGCAAUUUCAUCUGGCUUGUUGAUCUACGCCGCUUUGGUUGAUUUAUUGGUCGAAGACUUUCUCUCGGAAGAGGCAAACCGUUUGAUGAAUAAGAAGGCCAAAAUUUCUGCCUUCUGUUGGGUGCUUCUUGGAGCAAUGAGCAUGUCCAUCGUCGGAGCCUUUGCAUAA